GCUGUGUGUAUGGGGGAUUAUUGAAUGGAAGGAGGCUGUGGCCGGGGAUAAAGUACCUUCUGGUGGGGGGGUUCCAGUCCUUGAGGGGAGGGAAAGAGCCGGCAGCCCCGUCAGUGGGGCAUUAGUUGUAUAACGCCCCCUCAUGUCCCAUGGUACGAGGCUCAGGAGAGUGAGUUUUCAGACGCUGACCUGACUGCAGCCGGAGACACUGAGGAUGGAGAGAACGCCCCGGUGUACUGCAUCUGCCGCAAGCCGGAUAUCAACUGCUUUAUGAUCGGCUGUGAUCAUUGUAAUGAAUGGUUCCAUGGGCACUGCAUUAACAUCACAGAGAAGAUGGCAAAGGCCAUACGAGAGUGGUACUGCAUGCAGUGCAGAGGGAAACACCCUCAUCUUGAGAUCAAAUACAGACACAAGAAGUCCAAAGAGCGAGAUAGAGAAACAGAGAAGGAUGAAAAUGAAGAGACUGCAAAAAAUGAAAAGAAGAAAAGCAGCACCAGCAGUAACAAAGUACCACGGCAGCAGAUUAAGAGGUCGGCUCGCAUGUGCGGGGAGUGUGAGGCGUGCAGCCGUACAGAAGACUGCGGCCAGUGUGACUUCUGCAGAGACAUGAAGAAGUUUGGGGGGCCUAAUAAGAUUCGGCAGAAGUGUCGGUUGCGCCAGUGCCAAGUGAGGGCAAGGAAAAUGCUGCGGGUGAAAGACGACGACCAGUCCAUGUUCAGGGACACUCCGGAACCGAGCAGCCUGGCCGGGUCUCUGUCUGAUGAUGAUUUGCCGCUGGACCCAGAACUCUAUCGGGAGCUGUGUGCCGGGGGAGCCUUUGAUGACCAGAACCUGCCGUGGCUCAGCGACACAGAAGGCACACCAUUUAUGGACUCUGUUAUGAGGAAGAGAGCCGUAAAAGUGAAACACGUGAAGAGGAGGGAGAAGAAGGCAGAUAAAAAGAAGGAUGAGAAGUACAAGAGACAUAAGCAAAAGCAGAGGCACAAAGAUAAAACAAAACACUCAGAGCGAAUGGAGACCAGAGACUUCUCAUCCUUGCGCCAGUGCCUAGGGCCCAGUUGUGUGCAGCCAGCCAGGGCCAACUCUAAGUACUGCUCCGAUGACUGUGGCAUGAAAUUGGCAGCCAAUCGCAUCUAUGAGAUCCUCCCUCAACGCAUCCAGCAGUGGCAGCAGAGCCCGUGUGUGGCAGAGGAGCAGGGGAAGAAGCUGCUUGAGCGGAUCAGAAGGGAGCAGCAACAGGCAAGAACCAAACUGCAUAACAUGGAGAGUCGCUUCCAUGAACUAGAGGCACUAAUCAGCAAAGCCAAACAGCAGCAGAUCCGCGAGGAUGAAGAGACUAAUGAAGGGGACAGUGAUGAUACAGACCUACAAAUCUUCUGUGUCUCUUGUGGCCAUCCCAUCAACCCCAAAGUUGCUCUGCGGCACAUGGAUCGCUGUUAUGCCAAGUAUGAGAGUCAGACCUCCUUCGGCUCCAUGUACCCCACACGGAUUGAAGGAGCAACGCGGCUCUUUUGUGACGUAUACAACCCGCAGAGUAAGACCUACUGCAAGCGCCUCCAAGUGCUGUGCCCAGAGCAUUCUCGUGACCCCAAGGUGCCUGCGGAUGAGGUGUGUGGCUGCCCCAUAGUAAAAGACGUCUUUGAGCUGACUGGGGAUUUCUGCAGAGUUCCCAAAAGAAAGUGCAACCGCCAUUAUUGCUGGGAGAAACUUCGCCGCGCAGAGGUGGAUCUGGAGCGAGUUCGCUUGUGGUACAAACUGGACGAACUGUUUGAGCAGGAACGGAAUAUGCGAAUGGCAAUGACUAACCGGGCCGGCCUCCUCGCUCUCAUGUUGCACCAGACCAUCCAACACGACCCGGUCACCACAGACCUGCGCACACACACAGAGCGAUGAGAAGGAUUUUGUAUUUGUGCAGCAGAAUUGCUGCCAUUUUUAUAUAGAAUUCGUGAGGUUCUUGUAUACUGGGUUAAUUUCUCUUAUCCAGAUUCAUUGGACACUUUAGUAUACGGGAAGCUGAGAUUUAUUAUGGGGCCAGUGAGUGGCAACAUUGCCAGACACAUGCCAUUUGGGACACAGAGACAUGAAUGUGUUGUGCGGAAGCAGGUAGCAGCAGGUUGGCGUGGGUAUAUAUCAAUAUCUGUGUGUGUGUUCCACAAGGAUCCUUCUGGCUAAGAGGCUUGUGUAGAACAGUGCACACGUAUGUAACCUAUUACCUCUGUGGUAUCACCGAAAGGGACCCAUGCUCUUAUAUACAGUGCCUCCUACACUAUGCCCAGCACAUUUGUGGAUGGCUGUGCCAGGGCAGAGACUGAAACCCACCCCUUAUUCUAUGCAGAACGACCCCUUCAUAUGUAGUUACACUGGGCAGAAGAAAUAUAUACGACAACUGUGGACUCAGGUUCUGUGUAUGGCUCCAGGGUUUGCAGGGGAUCUGAGACAGGGCAGCUCCCAGGUCUGUAGUCCAUACACUAGGUAUGUGAAGAUAUCGUCCAAUCACAGGAAGUCUAGCACACAGCAGCUAUAAGAUCCUAUUUGGUUAUAUGUUACCUGCUGAAGUGCGUCUAAUUCACAGAAUUGGCUUCCAUCACAUUCUGGGUCUGGGCAGAGUUUGCUCCUUAUGAGAGACUGAAGCAGAAAGGCAGGGGGCUGUCAGGCAGUUAUAAAUAGGGGCCACCGCGGGUGGGGUAUAGAAUGAAUGCUAGCAGAGCAUCAGCCCUUGCCACAGAGCAACACCCGGGGCCAUUUGGGGCGAUGGAGUUGGUCAGACAGGAAUGGGUUGUUGGGAAAGUACCACAAAAUUACAGCUAUUUAUGUUAUAUAUAUAUGCUCCUAUUAUUUUGCCAAUAAAACCUCUCUCUUGUUUUUAA